AUGGACAAAUAUAUUCCAAACUCUUGUUCUCUUCUUGUCUUGUCUCGUUUUGCAGUUGUACCCCACAUUACAGAUGCUAUCCAGGAGUGGGUAAUGAGGCAAGCACGAAUCCCAGUAGAUGACGAUGGCAUAGAACCUCAAGUCUGUGUGAUUGAGGUUGGUAUCCAUGAUCUGUUGCGCAGGUUAAAGGCUGAAUGUUGUUGUGUCUUGCUAAACCAUAGUGUAUUGCAGUGCGGGUGAGCUGUAGGAAGGUUGUGCCUGAUGCUUAUUCUCUUUCUCACUUGGCCAUUGUUUUUCAUGCUGGCUUGUUUCAGACAAACCAUAGUUAACAUUAACAGUAUUCUACUAUUUUGGAUGAAACAACAAAGCAAAAGUGUAAGUGAAAAUUUCUGAUCUCUUCCUCCUUGGGGGGGGAGGGUAAAGUGGCAUACGAGCCCAAGAUUUGCUGCAGCUUGUUCUUGUCAUCAGUUUGCAGUAAUCCAUGUAUUUUUUUAGAGUAACAUGCAAAUUUGGCCAAAGAGUCGUAUCUAAUUUUAGUCAUACUUGGAAUAGACUCCUUGAAAUUAACAAACAUGACUAACCUAGCUCUAUUAAAUCCAGUGAGUCUACUCCGAGUAAAACGUAGGCGGAUGCAAUCCAAUAUCUUUUUAGGAAAUGUCAUAUAUAUUGAUACAGUACUCUGGUUAGAAUUCUGAUAGGGGCAUUUGAGAGAGUGUCAGCAAUUCCCUCCCUCCUUUUAGCAAGUUCUGUCUUUGUUCAUCUAAGGAUUUGUUUGCAUUAAAGUAACCUUUCCAAAGAGCAUAAUCUUUCCUGUGUUCUCCAGAUAACAUAUAGCACUAAUUUUCUGGGAAGAUUUUGCUUGCAGUCACAGAAUAUGGAGGAAAUUUAAAAGAAAAAAUAUUGGUUGGGUCAACUGGAAAUGUGAAAGUGCCAAAUACCUAAUUGUUCUGGGUUGAUCUUGCUUGGUUAGCAAACACUUCUAUUUGAAUCCAGGCUGAAUGAGUUGAACUUUAGUUCCAUUCAAAGAACUGGGAUAGGAUAGUUAGUUAUUGCUUAGUACCCAUUGAAAUAAAUGAAAUUGAAGUGGAGGUAAUUUAGUCUGGAUCCAACCUAUGGCUUGCAUCAUCCAGCAUCUUAUUACAUAGCAUACUUUGAGGUGAACUGCCGAUAGUUAUACAGAGUGACAUUGACACUGUCUUUGUGUUCUAAAAACAGAGUAUGGUGCUUAAUUCUAGAUCUCUCUGUUUUAGCUUGGAGGAACUGUAGGAGACAUUGAAAGUAUGCCCUUCAUCGAGGCAUUCCGCCAAUUUCAAUUCAAAGUCAAGCGGGAAAAGUUUUGUAAUAUUCAUGUCAGUCUGGUACCACAGGUAAGGUAUUACUGUUCUUUAAUGAUGUUGCUCCAUCUCAGAUGAUUAGAAGUGUGUCUUUGGAAAUGGGAAAUGAAAUUGGCAUUUUUUUAGCAUUAUGAACACCAGUACUUAAAAAUAAUAAUAUGAAAAAGGCAUAAAGGCAAAAAAAUUAAGUAAAAUAUAGUAAUUCAGGUGAUCUUCAUAUGUUGUACCAUGAGAUACAAACACUAGUUGAUGUUUGUAUCAAAUUGCAUAGAUUAUCUCUGGAGAAGUAACCUGGAUCUACCAGGCACUACGUAAAUUGUCCUGUACAGGUUUACGUGGAAGUACUUCCUAUGUUCAAUGGGUCUUCCCACUCUUACAUGCUUUAUAUUGCAGCUUUGGCACCUCAAGUAUGACUGCUUCACUUGAUAUCAUAACAAUUAGGUUAGCCUAUAUACAGUAUUAAAUCCUUUCAGAAAUAGUAGGAGCUACUGCCACAUAAACAUUUCUUUUUAUGUCAGCUUUUUGUGGCAAGGUUGCUGUCCUAUAGUUGAUUACUCACGUAUUUAAUAUCCAGUAAGAAAUCACUGGCUUCUGAAAUAAUGUAAAUAUAUAUCUUAGUAUAUGGCCAUGACAUCAAUAGCUUCUUCCAUUUGUAUUGUAAUAAAUUUAGUGGAGCCUUACUCGUAUGCAUAGAAAAAAUACCCCAAACUCCUGUGAGUUUUGCUCAUCCAAGUAGAAGCAUUAAAUCAUGUUCCUGAAAGCAUCUGAUAAGGAAUUAAUCAGUAUAGGCACAUUUAAUACUAAAUUGUUCAGCAAGCCUUAUUAUAGCAUGUGAAGCUGUCUUAUAAUGUUGUUCAGAUAAAAUCAAUUUUACAUUAUUCUGGGCCAGUGAAAAAUACUUCAUUUUGCUGUUAUUGCUUGCUGUUUCCUUCAGUGAUUUGUUAGAUUUGCUAAAACUUGGAUGAUGGCUGUAUAUGUUGCUGCAGUACAUAAUACUUUGGAGGCUGUAGAUUUGACACACUGUCUUCUCAUACAUAUUUCUUGAUCCUUGUGUGCUAGCCAAGCUCUACAGGAGAACAGAAGACAAAACCCACCCAGAAUAGUGUUCGUGAACUCCGGGGUCUUGGUCUCUCACCAGAUCUGGUAAGUUUGCUGUGGCAUGUAGAAAUCACACUCGGCUGGUUUUAUAGAAGUUCUCAAAUGUCAUAAGUCAUGGGGUGGAGAGAGUUGUUUUAAAUGAUGCCAUAUCGACAAAUAGCCAUGAAGCAUUUUGUUUGCAGAAGGCUACAAGGUAUAUUUCAUUAACCUACCAAGUGCUAAAGGUUAGGUUUAUAACCUGGUGCAGUAUUGUUUGAUAACUUACUGUUUUCAUUCCUAGAUUGUAUGCAGAUGCUCCACGCCUCUAGAUACCUCAGUAAAAGAGAAGAUUUCCAUGUUCUGUCAUGUAGAACCAGAACAGGUAAAAAUUGUUUAAAUGUAUGUGUUUUGAUACCGUUUGCACAUUUAUUUGUGUACAGUUGUACCUCCGCAUGUGUGUGCAGAAGCGGUCCUUUGGUUGCGAAAACUUCGGGAUACGGCCAGACCUCCUGUUCGCAACCAGAGGUACCACUGUACUUAAGUCAUAGAUCUGGUCUGUGCAUGUAGCAAAAUCUUCCCUUUGCAAUAUACAGCAUAUAAAGCCCCCCCCCAAAAUCCUCCCAGGUACUAGAGCUGUGUAUUAUGCACAUCAAAAAUGUGACAGUGAGUAUUCUUUUAUUGAACAGGUAAUUUGUGUUCAUGAUGUCUCUUCCAUCUAUCGGGUACCUCUUUUGCUAGAGGAGCAAGGGGUGGUUGAUUAUUUCCGACACCGGCUUGACCUUCCCAUUGAAAAGCAGCCUAGGAGAAUGCUCAUGAAAUGGAAGGAGAUGGCUGACAGGUGAGCUCGCUCGUAGGAAGCAACUGUGCUGUUCUGACCUACUAUGUUAGCAGAGGAGUGGCUAGGAGGAGAGCUUGCUUCCUUAGCCCUCUCCAGAGUAUUUUGGCAAGAACAGAUUCUCUUCCUAACUAUUCACUCACAGAAAAACUGUAGAUAAAUCUUUUACAGGUACAGUAAGUUAGAACUUGGCAAAUUUUGCUGUAGACUAGUUCCUGUGUUAACCUUUAUAGUUUUCUCUUAACUGGACUGAAGUAGCUAUAACAUGUGGAUGAGUACUUAGAAUCAUAGAGCUGGAAGGGACACCACGGGUCAUCUAGUCCAACCCCUGCAAUGCAGGAAUCUCAACAAAAACAUCCAUGACAGAUGCCCAUCCAACCUUUGCUUAAAAACCUCCAGUAAAGGGAAUUAAGGAAAGAUUUAAACUUAAUUAAGGCUACAAUCUUAUACCACUAAGCUGGGAGUAUGCCCCAUUGAGCCCAAUGGGAUGUUUCUCAGUAGACAUGCCUUCAUGUAGAGAAGCCUAAAAAAAACCUCUUAUCCCCAUACAGUGGUGCCUCGCAAGACGAAAUUAAUUCGUUCCGCGAGUUUUUUCGUCUAGCGAAUUUUUCGUCUUGCGAAGCACGGUUUCCCAUAGGAAUGCAUUGAAAUUCAAUUAAUGCGUUCCUAUGGUCAAAAAAAGUCCAAACAAAGCCAAAUUUGGUACAACAAGAGUUUAUUAGCUGCUCUUUAAAGUCACACAUACUUUAAAGAGCAUAUCAAAAAUUGAAGGAACAAUAAAUUAAGUUUCUAAACAUGACAGGAAAAACAUUUAAAAAUCAAAAAGGGUACAUUACAUUUUCUAAGACUCUGGGGGACCACUCGAAGAAGGUUCCUCUUCCACUCUUUGCUUCUUGCUGAGGAACCUGUCCAUGGUCUGCUGCUUCAUCCGCCUUUUCAGCAGCUCCCUGAGAGGCAACAUGACCGUCGUAUCAAAAAUGUUCGCUUGGUCAUGUGCCACGUGCUUGUCAGGGUGGUGCCGCUCUGCAAAAGCCUGCACCUCCUUCCACUUCUGGCAAAUGUCCCUCAGUUCUUUGGAGGACAGCCGUUCCUCAGUUGCUUCCUCCUCUUCCAGCGAGGCCUGCUCCUGUGCAGCCUCUGACUGCAGUUCAACCAGCUCCUGGGUGGUCAGCUCGUGGUCGUGCUCCUCCACCAGCUCGCAGACGUCCUCCUCUGUGACCUCCAGGCCCAUGGUCCUCCCCAAGGCAACAAUGUCCUGCACCACUGUCGACUCUGGUGCAUCAGAGUCACUUGGUGCCACACAGUCCGGCCACAGGCUGCGCCAAGCGCAAUUCAAAUUCCUCUGGCUGAUCCCCUUCCAGGCCGUGGUGAUCAUCUUCAAG